AUGACGGCGACUCCCUCCAGCAACCGGCUGAAGCUCACUCCCUCCAAUUCACCUUUUCUCACCACCCGACGCCCGAGGUCUCCGCUGCGCGGCCGGCCCGUCUUCGACUCCCGCCUCUCGCUCAAGAGGGUUGUCGGCACCACAUGCCGCUCGCCCACCGCCUUUGACGCCGUCGGCGCCAGCUUCGCCUACACCGCUGGCGGUGCCGUCGUGGUUGUCCGUGUCGACGCCGAUCAGUACACCCAGCGAUUCUACCGAGCCCGCCCCAAUGUUGCCUCCCUCUACGCCUCGCCAAACGCGCCUUCUACACCGACAACGACGGCGACGACCACCCCAAAGGCCAAUGACAGCCGGAACCGUGUGGCCGCCGGCUACCGAGACUCUCACGGCGCGCCUGAUUGGGCUGAUGGAAUGCCUAGAACGUGGACCAGCCGCGAGCGCAUCAAGGCAGCCACGUGCCUCAGUCUAAGUCCGGAUGGCAAGUAUUUGGCUGUGGGCGAGACUGGAUAUGCGCCCCGCGUUUUGAUCUUUAGCCUCCAGGAUUCAUCUUCCGACAUUCCUCUCGUAUCAAUCAGCGAGCAUGCGUUUGGCGUCAACGCCGUUGCGUGGUCUCCCGACUCCAAGUAUCUCGCCUCUCUCGGUGCCGCCAACGAUGGCUUUCUGUAUGUCUGGAAGGUCGACUCCCGCAACGGCCAGACGAAGCUGUUCCAGCAGAACAGGUGCACGUCCUACGUCAAGGAUAUGGUGUGGCUAGGCAACUCCCUCAUUACUCUCGGCAUCCGGCAUAUCAAAAUGUGGAAGAUUGAUGAAAACGCCGGCAUCUCUCCGAUGAAACCGAAAUUUCCAGUCGAGCACCCUCCCCUGUCGCCGACUUCUCAAAAGACAUUGCCUGGCCGGAACAUUAUCUUAGGGGGUCUUCUGGAAGCUACAUUUAGCUGCGCGGCGGUGGACGGCAGCCGCCUCAUCAUGUGCACCGAGGCGGGCGAUGUGUGCAUCUUGGAAGGUGAUGACAGGCAGAUGAAAGUCGUUUCCAUCCUCAACCUUGAUUUCUUCAUAUCAACCAUUCAAAUCCGGGACAAUGUGGCCUACGUUGGCGGAAAAGACGGCAAUUUCACCAAGCUCGACGUUGCUGGGCUUAUGGACGGGCGCAAGGAUUGCGUUACUGGCACCUCAAAGACCUCGGUUGGCUUGGUGGCUCUGGGCUUCAUGACAAACAACUCGGUUACCAUCGACGCCAAAGGGUCAAUUGACGUUUGGGACUUGGACUACGUACCGGGUCAAACGGCGGAGCCAUCGUUGCACAUCAAUAUUCCGGGCCAUGGAGAUCCGGUUGCUGGUAUCUGUGCCAUGGAUAGGCUUAAUGAGGUGCAGGCGGCUUUUCUGACGUGGUCAUACUCGGGGAAAGUGACAUUUUGGGACCUGGAUGGCCGGAUUAAAGAGACCAUCGUUGUGCCGCUGGAAGGCUUGAACGUGCCGGAUCCCAGCGUGGAGCCGGCAAAUCAGUUGACCUGCGUCAAGAUCUCCAAAAGCGGGCGCCUCCUGGCCACAGCCGAUCGCCUCGGCGUACUGAGAGUUACAGACACAGUAACUGGAGAUUGUCUGCUCGAUACCAAGGCUCACUCAGCUGAUUGCACAUCCAUCAGCCUGUACGAAGAUGACGCGAGAUUCCUCAUGGCUUGUUGCGGUAGGGACCGCACGGCGCAGCUAUUUCAUCGCUCUUGUACGGGCGGCAAUAUCGAGCAUUUCCAGACAAUCGAGUUCGCUUCACGGGUCGUACAGGUGCUUGUGCCAUCGGAUGACAAGGUACUCACUUGCGCUUGGGACCGCACGAUGCAUAUUCACGACCUGGUGACCAAGGAAGGGGAGCCCGACGCGAUAGCGGCCAUCCCUUCAAAGGUGGUCUCCCUCAAGGCGUCGCCGACUUCCAUGACUGCGAGCUUGGAUAGCCGGACCGUAUUUGUUUCUAUGCUGGACCGAUCUGUUUGCCAAUACGACAUCUUGACAGGGCGACCGAUCAACUGCUUCAAGUGCAUGGACGAGAGCGGCAUAGAAUCCGCGGUUCUUGAAUCUCUCUCAAUCGAGCAGGGCGCGCCCAGAGACUCCGAUUUCUUGCUGGCCGCCUCCAACACCGACAAGUCCAUUCGACUUUAUGACUCUAUCUCCGGGGCAUUCUUGGAUCGGGAGUGGGGCCAUACCGAGGCCAUCAACGGGGUGGCAUUUGUUGACGGCGGUGAGGAAGGCAGAAAGGUUGUGAGCGUUGCGGCAGAUGGAACCAUCAUGAUAUGGUGCCUCGAUGUGCAUGAGAGGCUUAGAAGCAGGGAGUCAUCACCGGCGAGAGAAGCAACUUCGGGCAGGCCUCCGCUGCGGAAAGUCCUGUCAAAGGCCGAGCUGGCAGAGUUUCAACGCCCACGCGAAAACUCAACGGGUCAGCGCACCUCGCCGCCACCGCCAACGCAGUCUCGGACCGUCCGGAAGCGCACUUCCCGACUCAAUCUGUCUUCCAACACCCCUGGCUCCAAGACGCCGUCGCAGAUAAGCCCUGGAAGCGGCCGGACCAUGGACGACACUCCUUCGCGUCGAAAGACAAACGACGCGAAUGCCUCCAGCCCUCCCCUGAGCCCAAGGGCCAGGCUGUCUCGUAGGCCUUCGCUACCGGUCCUGGGUCACGCCGCGCGUAAGAAGAGCUCGGCUCCCAACCUUCGCGGAAACGCCUCGCUGAACACAGCGACGGAACAAACCUGUCGUACUUUGAGAGCGUACCGGAAGAAGCUCACAUCGGCUGAGCCCAUCAAUCCAGAUGCCCUCGGCGAACUCGAUCAAGAACUGCGAUUCACUGCGGCCGCGCUGGGCGACCGCGCCAUUAGGAGCAGGGCGAUGAACGAAACUGUCCUGAGCGGACUCCUGGACCAAUACUCUGAAAGACUGGUCACUCUGCUGGACGAGAAGCUGCGCCUGACCAGCCAGCCCCUCGAGCGAGAUACGGAGGUGUCAAGCGAGGAUCGCCGCGGCAGUACUGAUGAAACGGCAAGCACAACUUCGUCAAGUUGA